AUGAGUGAGAGGAGGCGAUCUGCCGCAGCUCUGAGCUCUAGAGCCCACGCUUUUUCCGUGGAAGCCCUGAUCGGCUCCAACAAGAAGAGGAAGCUCCGGGGCUGGGAGGAGAAGGAGCUGGAGUUGUCCAUGGAGAGCCUCGCCACGGACGGAGAGGACCCGGCGCACUGUCUGGAUAUGGACCCGGACUCAGAGGCGAGUCCCGGCUCAGACGGAGAGGGUCUGGCCGAAAGGACGUCGUGCUCCUUCGGCUCUCCUGCCGAACUGGCCCCCACCCCCUGCGAGCCGUCGCCCCCGGCCUCCAUGGAGGAGAUCCAGGUGGAGCUGCAGUGCGCAGACCUGUGGAAGCGCUUCCAUGACAUCGGCACGGAGAUGAUCAUCACCAAGGCGGGCAGGAGGAUGUUUCCUGCCAUGCGAGUAAAGAUAGCCGGUCUGGACCCUCAUCAGCAGUAUUACGUCGCCAUGGACAUCGUGCCCGUGGACAACAAGAGAUACAGGUAUGUGUACCACAGCUCCAAGUGGAUGGUGGCGGGAAACGCCGACUCCCCGGUGCCUCCGCGGGCGUACAUCCACCCUGACUCUCUGGCCUCAGGAGACACCUGGAUGAGGCAGGUGGUCAGCUUCGACAAGCUCAAACUCACCAACAACGAGCUGGACGACCAGGGACACAUCAUCCUCCACUCCAUGCACAAGUAUCAGCCUCGCGUUCAUGUCAUCAGGAAGGACUUCAGCAGCGAACUGUCUCAAAACAAGCCGGUGCCGAGUGGGGAGGGAGUGAAGACCUUCAGCUUCCCCGAGACCGUCUUCACCACCGUCACCGCCUACCAGAACCAACAGAUCACCAGACUAAAGAUCGACCGCAACCCGUUCGCCAAAGGAUUCAGAGACUCCGGCAGAAACAGGACUGGCCUGGAGGCGAUCAUGGAGACCUACGCUUUCUGGAGACCUCCUGUGAGGACCCUCACGUUUGAAGACUUCACCAACAUGCAGAAACAGCAAGGUGGCAGCACAGGCACUUCUCCCACCACCUCCAGCACAGGAACCCCCUCCCCCUCUGGUGCGGCUCACCUCCUGUCUCCCUCCUGCUCCCCUCCGACCUUCCAUCUUGCCCCCAACACCUUUAAUGUGGGCUGCAGGGAAAGUCAGCUCUGCAACCUGGGCCUGUCCGAGUACCCGGCCUGCGCUCGCAGCAACAUGGCGGCCCUGCAGGGCUACGGCGGCCUGGCCGACAGUUCCUACGGACGCCUCCAGGCUGCAGGGGGGGCUGUGGUCUCGGGUCAGCCCUCUGAAUCCUUCCUGCCACAGAGGACUUCCUCCUUGAUUGCUGCUGGCAUGCAGGGCGGCGCUCAUGCCUCCCUGACGGGCGGCGGUAGCGGUGGUGGAGGAAAGAUGGAUGCCUAUGGCGGUCAGCUCGGCUCCUUCCCAGCCUCGCAGCUUCAGUACGUGAUGCAGGCCGGAGGAGGCUCCGGCUCCGGCUCAUCCUCCUCAUCCGGAUCCUCCCCUUCCUCCGCCCACAUGUUCAGCGGGAGCCACCACCACGUGCAGCAGGGCUCCUACAACGCUUUCUCCCUGCACAACCCUUACAACCUGUACGGAUACAACUUCCCCACCUCUCCUCGCUUGGCCGCCAGCCCUGAGAAGCCCCAGGGAGGUUUGCUCUGCUCCUCGUCUCCUGCCGGGGCCUUCGCCGAGCGCCAGUACCUGUCCAACGGUAGCAUGGACUCUAUGCACAUGAUCGGCAACACCACCGGAGGCCAGCAGGGCAGCAGCUCCUGCGAUGGACGUCAAUAUGGCUCCUCCUCUCAGAUGUCCAUGCACAUGGUGUAGAAAGUGGGAUGGAACCUCGCAGUCCUCCAUGUUUCUCAAGUCUUUCAGCUGAAAAGCAAAUCUCUAAUCUCUGAACCUGGUUUAGUGUUGAACCGGUGUUGUAACAUGAUGCUCUAAAACAAACCUUUCAGAAAAGGACAUCAUUUGUUUUUAAAGACACUCCACAACAUACAAAGCAUUAUAGAGGGAGUCCAAACUAUUCUUUAAUUAUCUUUGUAUUAAUGAAGCGAAAACAAGGACAGCAACCUCGACUCUCUUUCUGUUUCUGACGAGAGAGAAACAACACACUCAGAUUGUAAUAAAGAAGGAGCCCACAUGCUCCGGUUCAGAAGGGAUUAUCAGUUGUGAAUCUGUUAUGGUGCAAUAGCAACACUCCUCUCAAGUGACUCAAUCUCCAUUAUUUUGGGACUCAAAGGCCAUGCAGUCAUGACAUUAUGUAAACAAAGAAAUCACCCAGCACUUGUGCCGAAGCGUCGAAGGGGUGAGUGGUUUGCCACCACGGUCUGAAGUUUUGUCUGGCAUGAAAGGGACAACUGGACACGAUCACUGAAUGACUCGCUGCUCCACUCGUGACGAAGGAUGUGGACGCCGCGGGGUCAAUGCAACGCGUGGAACUCUGUCUUCAUCGACCCGUAAUCCUCACAGACUGGAUCGGCUUCACUAUUUUUGAGUGGAUUAUGUUUUUUAGCAUAUAUAUAAGAUGGCGAAAUGCAAUCAAUAACGUAAGCUUAAAAGUUGUCGUGUGAAAAGUUAUAAAAGAAGCAAUAGCAAAACAGAGUAAUUAAAGUAUGUUUUGGUGUGUUGUAGAGAUGUGUAUUUAAGUGAUGAGCAAUAUAACAAUUUUACAGGCCAAUGUGUUAAAGAAAUGUGUGAAAAAAGGGAAAUGGCAAAAGUAAUUCUUUUUUUUGAGGCAUUUAAAAAAAAAAAUGUAAAUACAGGUGCCAAGCACGUAAAAAGCUCAAUAAACGUUUUAAUUCAUGUA